CGGUGUCACCUCUGGGAUGAAUCCACCACGGUGUGCAGCUCGAAGGCGGGGUAGUUUCCGGGGAUGUUAUGUAGUUAAAUGGAUGGAAAUGGCCAAAACGUUCUUCCUAUCCUGCCGCUGCUACCCUUCAGUUUGCCUGGCAAAUUAGCUGGCUAGCCCUUUUCUCCUUUUUCAGAUAGCAUAUGUUCUCUCGGUCACAUCCACCAGCUGCUUUAACUACGUACUUAAUUUCCAUGUUUCCUUUCCUUCCAGCGUCCACCCCUCUGUGGAUUUAAAUUAGCCUGGAAUAUGAGCAGAAGAAGAAGAUAAGCAGCGGCGGCGGCGGCUGGCUUCCUGCAGGAUUUGGUCCAGGCUUUCUUUUUGUGUGUGUUUUUUUCCUCUCCCCCGUGGACAUGCCUCGUCUACGGAGCAACGCUGAGCGAAGCUAGCUGGCUGUCAGACCGGCUAGUGCGACAUUUCCAGGCGUUUGGAUGAUUGUUUUGCCGAAGAGCUGAUUUAUUUGGGAUCAGCGAUACCUCCACUGCCCGGGCAAGGAGUCAGCAUGGGGGAGCCCAGCCUGGACGACGCCAAUGUCAAGGUGGCUGUCCGUGUCCGGCCCAUGAACAGGAGAGAAAGGGAUUUAAACACAAAAUGUAUCGUGGAGAUGGAGAACAACCAGACCAUCCUCCAUCCUGGCGGAGCUACCCUGGGCAAAGGAGACUCCAGGAGUCAGCCUAAGGUCUUUGCCUACGAUUAUUGUUUCUGGUCAAUGGAUGAGACCGAUAAGGAGAGAUUUGCUGGUCAGGAGGUGGUCUUCCAGUGCCUUGGGGAAAGUCUUCUCCACAACGCCUUCCAGGGCUACAAUGCCUGUAUCUUUGCCUAUGGACAAACUGGUUCGGGGAAGUCGUACACCAUGAUGGGGUCGGGGGACCAGCCGGGUCUGAUCCCGCGGCUGUGCAGCGCUCUGUUUGUGCGAACCCAGAAGGAACAGCGGGAGGAGGAGUGCUUCACCGUUGAGGUGUCCUACAUGGAGAUCUACAACGAGAAGGUCCGAGAUCUGCUCGACCCCAAAAGUGGAAAACAAUCUCUGAGGGUGAGGGAACAUAAAGUUUUGGGUCCCUACGUGGACGGCUUGUCUCGACUAGCUGUGGCCAGCUACAAGGACAUUGAGUCUCUGAUGUCAGAAGGUAAUAAGUCUCGAACUGUCGCCGCUACCAACAUGAAUGAGGAGAGCAGUCGAUCGCACGGUGUCUUCAACAUCAUCCUCACGCACACACUGAAAGACAUGAAGUCUGGGACCAGCGGGGAGAAGGUGAGUCGGUUGAGUCUGGUAGACUUGGCUGGAAGCGAGCGAGCAGCAAAGACUGGAGCGGCAGGGGAACGGCUGAAGGAGGGAAGCAACAUCAACAAGUCUCUCACCACGCUGGGCCUUGUGAUCUCGGCGCUAGCUGAACAGGGAACAACAAAGAACAAGAACAAGUUUGUUCCUUACAGAGACUCUGUUCUGACGUGGCUGCUGAAGGACUGUCUGGGCGGCAACAGUCGCACGGCGAUGGUUGCAACCGUGAGUCCAUCAGCUGACAACUAUGAGGAGACGCUGUCGACGCUGCGCUAUGCAGACCGAGCGAAGAGCAUCGUCAACCACGCGGUCGUCAAUGAGGACCCCAACGCCCGCAUCAUCAGGGAACUCCGAGAGGAAGUAGAGAAACUGCGAGUACAACUGACUCAGGCAGAGUCUUUGAAGGCUCCCGAGCUGAAGGACCGUCUGGAAGAGUCCGAAAAGUUGAUUCACGAUAUGACCAUCACGUGGGAGGAGAAGCUUCGCAAAACGGAGGAGGUUGCACAGGAGCGCCAGAAGCAGUUGGAAAGUCUGGGAAUUUCUCUACAGUCUUCCGGGAUUAAAGUUGGAGACGAUAAGAGUUUUCUUGUCAACCUGAACGCCGAUCCUGCCCUCAACGAACUGCUGGUGUACUAUCUGAAGGAACACACAAAGGUGGGCUCAGCGGACUCUCAGGACAUCCAGCUGUGCGGCAUGGGUAUCCAGGCCGAACACUGCGUCAUCGACAUAGCGGCGGAUUCUGCCGUUGUCCUCAGUCCUUACCGCAAUGCUCGGACAUGUGUUAAUGGUUCUCCAGUGACCAGUGCUCUGCAGCUUCACCAUGGCGACCGAAUCUUCUGGGGAAACAACCACUUCUUCAGGAUCAACCUGCCGAAACGGCGCUCUCGGGGAGCUGAGGACGAGGAGGGGGAGGGUGGCGUGAUGAAGAACAGUGGAAGCAGUGAGCAGCUGGAUGCAGAUGGCGACACAGCCAGCGAAGUGUCCAGUGACGUCAGCUUCUCCUACGAGUUCGCCCAGACAGAGGUCAUGAUGAAGGCCCUGGGCAAUGAUGACCCAAUGCAAGUAGUCUUGCAAUCUCUGGAGAGGCAGCAUGAGGAGGAGAAGCGCUCCGCUCUGGAGCGGCAGAGACAAAUGUACGAGCAGGAACUCCAGCAGCUCCGCAAGAAGCUCAACCCGGACCGCCUGUCGACCGGCCUUUCUGGAGGGUCGGCGUCAGGCCAGCAAGGUCCAGGACAGCAGUCUCACUACCGCAGCCUGGAGAGACUCAGCAUGGGAGGGAUGAGUCAUUCCACCAGCGCUCAGAGCAGACUGAGACAGUGGAAUGAGGAACGGGAAGCGGUGUUGGUCAGGAGUCUGCGGCGGUUGAGGGAGCAGAUUGUGAGGGCAAACCUCCUGGUGCAAGAAGCCUGCUUCAUCUCGGAGGAGCUGGAGCGACACACGGAGUACAGAGUCACUCUGCAAAUCCCCUCAGACAACCUCAACGCAAACCGCAAGAGGGACGCAGUGCUCAGUGAACCAGCGAUUCAGGUUCGACGCCGGUGUCGUGGGAAGCAGAUCUGGAGUCUGGAGAAGAUGGAAAACCGUCUGGUUGACAUGAGAGAGCUCUACCAAGAGUGGCAGGACUACCAUCUCAAUAACCAGGACAACCCUGUGAUGCGCUCGUAUUUACGUCGUGCAGACCCGUUCUUUGAUGAGCAGGAGAACCACAGUCUGAUCGGCGUUGCAAACGUCUUCCUUUCCUGUCUGUUCUACGACGUCAAGAUGCAGUACGCUAUUCCCAUCAUCAACCAGAAGGGGGAGGUGGCAGGGCGUCUUCAUGUGGAGGUGGUGAGGGUUGGAGGGGGAUUAGAGGACAGCAUGGCCGGAGGAGAUGAAGCCGACAACAAUCAAGACACUGAAAUGCAGGAUCGCAAACUGGUCUGCAUGAUUAAGAUCCUGCAGGCCACUGGUCUUCCCCAGUACCUGUCCAACUUCGUCUUCUGUCAGUAUUCCUUCUGGGACCAACCUGAGCCCAUCAUCGUGGCUCCUGAAGUAGACCCAGCAUCCUCAUCGCCCAGCGCCAAGGACCCACACUGCAUGGUGGUGUUUGACAGCUGCAAGGAGGUCGCAGUGUCGGUGACGGAGGAUUUCAUCGAAUACCUGACUGAAGGGGCAGUUGCCAUCGAGGUAUUUGGACACAGACAAGCUGAUGCCGGAAGAAACCACGCCCUGUGGGACCUCAGCAUCAUCCAGGCAAAGACACGCACACUACGAGACAGGUGGAGUGAAGUAACGCGUCGCCUGGAGCUGUGGAUUCAAAUCCUAGAGAUAAACGAGAGUGGAGACUUUGUCCCGGUGGAAGUGGUUCCUGCUCGGGAUGAGCGGACCGGGGGAAUCUUCCAGCUUCGGCAGGGUCAGUCGAGGCGAAUCCAGGUGGACUUGCGUUCGGUACAGGACUCGGGCACCAUGCCUCUGAUAGCAGAAAUACUGCUCGCAGUGUCGGUCGGUUGUGUGGAGAUCCGAAACACGGCAACCGAGCAGGAGGGGGAUGAGAUGGACAGCUAUCAGGAAGGAGACCUAGAACGUUUGCGGCGGCAGUGGUUAGCUGCUCUCACCAAGAGACAGGAAUACCUGGACCAGCACCUGCAGAGCCUGGUCGGCAAAGAAGAAAAAAACGAGGAUGACAUGGAGAGGGAGGCCCAGCUGCUGGAGUGGCGCUUGACUCUGACGGAGGAGAGAAACGCUGUCAUGGUGCCCUCUGCUGGCAGCGGCAUUCCUGGAGCACCCGCUGAAUGGGUUCCUCUGCCGGGCAUGGAGACUCAUAUUCCUGUCCUCUUCCUCAACCUCAAACCUGAAGACCUCAGCUCUCUAGAGCAGUUUGAAGUUCCAGAGGCCGGAGGUUGGGACGCCACCCUGAGUGGAGAGGACGAGGACGACUUCUUUGACCUACAGAUCGUCAAACACUACGACGGAGAGGUCAAAGCAGAGGCAUCGUGGGACUCUACCAUCCACGAGUGUCCCCAGCUCAGUCGUGGGGGGGCGUGGCCGGAGCAGCGGGUGUACCUGACGAUCCGAGUGGUGGUGCAGCUCAGCCACCCCGCUGACAUGCAGCUGGUACUGAGGAAGAGGAUCUGCGUCAACGUCAACCCGGGCCGCCAGGGUUUUGCACAAAACUUUCUCAGAAGGAUGUCCACCCGCAGCACCAUACCUGGCUGCGGGGUCACCUUCGAGGUGGUCUCUAACAUCCCUGGGGACGCGCCUGGUUCAGAGGACAGGGAGAUGCUGGCCAACCUCGCCGCCAGCGCACACAACAGCGAUUCAGCUGACGACGAGGCCGCAAUUGAGAAAUACCUCCGCAGUGUCCUCAGUCUGGAGAACAUCCUGACUCUGGAUAGACUCAGACAGGAGGUGGCAGUGAAGGAGCAACUGUCUAGCAGAGGGAAGAGCAAUAGACGGAGCAUCAGUUCUCCGUCUGUCCACAGGCUGUCUGGAAGUAGACAAGACCUGUCCACAACCUGCCUGGACGACAAGGGUCGAUGGGAGAGUCAGCAAGAUAUCUUCAUGCCUUCACAGUUUUAUCGCACCCUCCCCCGGCCCGCCUCUUCCCCUUCCACCUACUCCACCUCCCUGUGUUCAUCCUCGACUCCCUUCGGCAUUUCGCCCCCACAGAACCAGGAGCCAGAGCAAGGUCGCUCAGGACUUGCUGCCUCUUAUCUUUCAGUUAAGGCGCUGGUCCCUCAGAUGCCCAAACUGCUCAAGUCUCUGUUUCCAGCUCGUGAUGAAAAGAAGGAGCUGAGACCGUCGCCACAAAACCAGCAGGUCCCUCGCAUCGUGACAUCAGGAGGGGACGACAAUCGAGUGAAAGCAGAGACGACUGCAGUUCUACGGCCCCCAGCCAAAGAGAGACGGACAGAGUUCCCAGAGGUCCCUCCUCUUCCUGUGCAUGACCCGCAUGACAUCAGCCCCCUCAGCCAGUCAUCAAGCGGAUACUUCUCCAGUAGUGUUUCUACGGUUACCCUGUCCGACGUCCUCCAACCCUCCUCCUCGUCGUCCUCCCUCCUGGCUGUCGAGGCGGCGUUACCCACAACCCCCCAGCAGCAGGGCGCUGACAGGAACAAUGUUGUAACCUCUCCUUCUCAGUGUGGCACCAAGACAGCCGCCGUUACUCCACCCGCCUCCCACAGCUCAGCCAAUCACAACAACAGCACUGUAGAAAACUCCUUCCCUGAACACCAGCUCGUCAACUCGGGAGGAGGAGGAGGCUUUGAGAGGCUGGAAAUCUUUCUGGACGAUGACGUGUGCAGCCAGGAUGACGUGCUGCCCGAUUGGCUGACAGAAGGGGCGUGUGUUACAGUAGGAAGCAAUAAGGCCGGGACCGUGCGUUAUGUGGGAAUGACGCAGUUCGCUGAAGGAGUGUGGGUGGGUGUGGAACUGGACACCCCUGUAGGUAAAAAUGACGGGUCGGUCGGAGGUCAACGGUAUUUCCACUGCAAACCGGGUUACGGGGUGCUGGUUCGCCCGGACCGGCUCUCCGACCGCGAUCCGACCAGCCGGCGCACGGGAGACUUCGCUGCUCCCGCCUACGUCCCUGUGUUGCGAGGAGAAGCCAUUGUUGCCCGCCGGGGGGAGAACCGCAAGUCCUGGAGCAGUUGAGACAGGGAAAGUAGGAGCUGGAUGGGAGAGAUGAACUCCCUGCAGCCCUCUUCCUCCUCCUCUUCUUCUUCCUCCCAGCUAUGCAACGGGCUGAAACAUCCGAACUGACACACUGCCGACCCUCCUAUUGUUUAAAGACACACUCACUACAUCCAUUAAUGAGCAAUGGAUGUAAAAGGACAAUAAAGACAAUGAAGAGAUCAUGCAGAGCGAAGGCAACGAAGUUGAUGGAAGACUAUGAGAGUACGUACAAGUCCGUGGAAGGACUGUUUAUCAUGUGGGAAGAAAAUGCUAAAUGAAUGGUGGUCACUGGGAAGACUGCUGAGUGAAUGCGGGGAGUGGGAAACAUUUCCCUGAGAUGCUCUGAGCUGACGGACAGGGAUGCAAACUAGUCAUUUAUAAAAAAUCCCAGUUCUAUUCUGAGAUUAUAUAUUUAAACUUUAAGGUGAAUACAAAACACUUCUAGAAUGAAAAGGCUUCAUCUUUUCCACUUGGAUGAUGGCUAUUAUAAUUAUUAAUAUUUGCCUCUUUGGUUUCUUCUAUCCACUACAUUAUUCGUAGUCAGAACUUUGAGCAAUAUUUAAUAGAUUUUUAAUGUUUCUUUUGCGUUUGUUAUUCUUUCACAUCUCACUAUCAUGAGCUUUUGACAAAAAAAAGACACAUUAAUAUUCCUUUUAUACUUGGGACCAGUCACACUGUGCGUUUGCAUCCCUGGAUACGACGUCUCGGCUCCGCUCCCCUCAACUCGGACUAAACUCUUUGAUUAUCUGUUUGAGACUCGUCUCUUCCGCCUGGACUCCUUCUUAUGUUUUGAAGAUAGCUCCUCCCAGAAUGUGCCUUCACCAUGGCUUGGUUUGCAUUUGUAUCUUCUCUUUUAUUUAAUUUCUGUUAUCAGUGUUUUCGUUGAGGAGAAUGACUCGUGCAGUGUGAGGUGAUCUCAGGGACCGCAGAGGAGGGGAAAGGAUGAGGUGUGUGUGUGUGUGUGUGUGUGUGUUGGUGAAGACUGUAAGGCAGGAGGAGGCGUGUCCUUUAGCGGGACAAAGCCGCUGUGGGAGGAAAUUGCUUGUAAUGGGCUUUAAAAGUAGAUUUUGCACUGGAGGCGUUGGCGAGGAGCAUCGGGAUGUCCGUGGGGUCGGGCAGCGGGGCGGAGAGGCAGCCCGAGCCAACGAGUGGCGUGGAAACGGUUGUCGAUGACGUCGGUCUAAGCCGGCCUCAGUCGGGGGCUGUCUUGGCACCAGGCCAUCCGCCCGCUGCGACGGACGGUCUGGACACUAGGGGGCGUGGUGGCGCUCCGGUGAGGUCGGUGGGAAUGGGCAUGUGUCGCGUGUUGAGGAGAAGAAAGUGAGCUGGGCAGCAGAAGCUCUGCGGGGUAUUUAGACGCUCGGGAAGAUAAUUGAUUUGCUUCUAUACAUUUAGUUUUUGUGUUCAUUAAUUUCCAAACGGGAGAAGAAUAACUGGGAGAACGAGCAGGAACGCCCGGCAAGAUGAUGUGGCAGACUUUGGGAUAAAAGGAAAAACAUAUUUUCCUAUUGAGCAUCACAUUCCAGAGGGACUCUCCACAUCGACGGGGACCUUUCCUCUGCGUGCUCAGAUGUGGGCAAAGCGUCCGCAGCAGGACUCUGUGUCCAGACGCUCAACGUCUCCCACCUCCCACGAGGAAAGUGGAGCGGCGUGUGCGACCAGGACUUAAAGUAAAAGGGGCGCUCCUCCUCUUUCACACAUGAGAGCGCAGUUUACUCGUGAGGAGUUUUAAUGUCUCCCGGAGCUCUGGGAGAGCUUUACAUCUGAGAAGGGGAGUGGUCCUUUGUGAAUGACCUCCACUAAGGUCAGCGUGUGAAGAAGCGUCGGUCUCGCCAAGGGAGCGAUGGGAUCGACGUUCCGAUUGGUCGAUGAUGGAAAAGUAAUAUUUCAUCGGCAUCACUCGGUUACUUUAAUGUCUCGUUUAUUAACGACUAUUCUGAGUUCCUGAUGAUGACGAACAUGAAUGUGCUUAUUAUUAUUAUUAUUCUACGUGUUUUCUAUGACGCAGACACUUCUCAUACGAUGAUGCACACGUAUGACCACAUCAUCUGGAGGACGACGUGCACGUAAAAGCACUUUCAUCGUCUUUUAAUGGACACGUGUGUUUUUUUAUCACGCAUCUUCUUAAUUCGAGAGGCCUGAAUCUUACUAUUUAUAUUUAAAUGCCUGUACACAUGCAUUUAUCGCAUGAAAAUUAAUGAACGCCUUUUUAUUUAUUUUUUAUUUUGCACAAAUGGUUAAAUGAAAAUUGCUGCUAUUAGCAUUGUAAAAUCUACCUGUAAAUGGAUCGGUUGAUUAAUCUAACGCUCUGGAUCUCCUACUGUCUUCUAGAUUGGGAUUCCAGUAGUUUUGUUUAUUUCUCUUCUUUCUUUUGUUAACCCCGGACGGAGAAGCUAAAGCCAGUGCUUUGGUUCGGUUUCUAAAAGGAUCCUAAAAAUGAGGCCCUUUCGUGAGCCUUUAAGAUGAGCGGGGAGUAAAAAGGUCGCUUCUGAAGAGAAGGUGUAGUCUGGGUGGAGGAGACAUGAUGUCACCGUAGCUAUAAUCCAUUUGUUUAAUACCUGAGUCAGCAGUCCUCUGGUUGGUCGUUGCUAUUGGUGGCUGUCGGGCAGGUUAUUAGUUGGCCAUUUGGGGAGUGGUUUGGAGGUUGGACUCCUGUUUGUUUUCUCGUCUGUGUGUGUGUGUGUCUCUGUGUGUGUGUGUGUGUGUGUGUUAGAGAGAGAGAGACCUGGCUCUGACUCAGUAAUGUCUCCGAGUUCCUGCCAAGAUGGGAAAAUGACCACCAGCUGCCACUUUCCUUGAUACACUUUAGGAUUUCAGCUGAGGGGGGGGGCAAUAAACUCUCUGGACUAGUUCUAAAGCCCCCCCCCCCCCCCCCCCCUGUGGCUGGUGGACUCUCCCGUCCUGGUCUUGGCUCGUGGUUCUGUUCUGGGGGUUCGAGAUCGCUUCAGGCUGUUGGAUGUCCCUCGCAUGUGUUUGUGCCUCAGAAAACCACGUGACGAGUUUCUUCCUCACACGCUGUUUUCAUAUCGACGACGCUUCAGUUAAUUUGCACAUAAGCCCCCCCCCCCCCCUCCCCGAAAGAAUGACUCGGUUCGCAGCGUUGUACGUGCAUUACUUUAUCAGAUUCCGUGUGACGCUCACAUCAGACUUAAAGAGGGACAGCGCCGCCUGCCUGAAGCCCGGCAGCCUUCCCACGAGGAGCUGUACGAAGAGGAAAGGAGUGUUCUGCUCCGAGUGGAUGCGAUGCCGCCGUGUCUGCUCCGGAGAGAUUAGAGCAAAGCCAGAAGUGUUAUUUAUGUGACGGUCAACCCUCAGAACCACAUCCAGUUUGACUUUUAUUGAUGCGAUUUGUAUCCCUGCAUAUUCCUAUUUAUCUGUUUAAAUCUUCCCCUCACGAUGUUCUUUGUUGCUGUUCUUGUGUUGAAAGCUUCCGCUUCAUGUCUGCGCCGCGCUCCCUCCGGGUUCCUGUUGCUCGUCCUCUGGAGCCAGAACCGUCUCAACCAAUCGCAUCGCUGCUGUCCUCUGAAACUCAUCGUUCAUUCUGAAAAUAAUAUGAAAAUCGCUCUGGUUUACUGUUUUUAAUUUCUCAAAAGACGGAGCAGCUUCUUCUUCCUUCGGUGAUGAAGCUGCCGUCUGGUUUUAAAUGGACGUCAAAGGGACUUGGGAAUAAGUUUCUCACCGAUUUAAGCUCCUGUAUUACUGCCUUGCUCGAGGGACUGACUUCAACACAGGGAAUUUUAUAUACCACCAUAACAUCUGAACCAGUGGCCUCGUAGCCCACCACUGCCCCACAGCAGCGGCCCCGAGGCUCACCUCCAGCUCCGAGCUGGGGUUCUGCUUUUAAACAUUUUACCUGCAGAAAAGGAUCCGGCUCUAUUCUCUUUUUCUUUUUUGUUGUCAGCACCACGCGGACUCCUCCUCGUGUCCAGAGUGUUCUGCCAACUUCUUCCCUGAGGCCUUUUUUCUUUUUUUUCCUUUUUUUUAACUGACAGACUUUCAACCCACUUCGCUACUAAACUGGUGCUCCCCUCCCCUCAGUGUGUUCUCGCAUAUUACAAUAAACCACACAGUCUCAGUGCAGCCCUGGUGCAGCUUUGUUUUUUUGUUACAAUAACCAAUUAUUUCAACAGCCGAGGAUAUAGAUAAGACUUCUCGUCUUGGUGCAUUUGUUUUAAAAGGCAGUUGGUAUCAACACAAUGUUGUGUGUCUGGAUGAAGGGUUUGCUAUAACUAAUAUUUCAGACCGAGUUUAUUUUCCACCUAAUUUUAGUUUUUAACACCAGCGGACACAAUGGACUUCCCCCUCUGUCUUGGGGUGUGAGCUCCAAAUCUUUUGUGUAAGUGUAUGUGUGUUUGUGUGUGUACACACGUUUGGGUUUUGAUUAAUUUUAUUAUUCGAUGCUGCAAUCCAAAGAGUAAAUGUGUAUUAUAAUACAUUUUUAUCAUUAUCUGAACAGUAAUAUGGUAGGAAAAAAAUAAAGGCAGAUUUAAAAGUU